AUGGGAAAAGAUGUAGAGAGACAACCUCUCCUCGCACCAGACGAGGAUAGUGCAAUCGGAAUCGAUAAGUCGUUGAAUAACAGCGAUGCGUCAUGUAGUCCAAUCAAAAACAAGAGCAGAUGGUGGACGUGUGGAUUCGACAUCAAACUGCCCACCCUGACACGUGAGUCAAUGAUCAUCCUGCUCUACUGCACUCUCUACGUUGUCUCUGGUGUAAUCAACAGUGUCUUGUUGAAGUUGACAAUGAAUUCAUUCUCAAACUAUGGUUUCUUCCUCAAUCAAUUGACCAACUAUGGUUAUAUCCCAGUGUUUGGAUCAGUGGUGGCUUAUAAGAUAGUGUUCACCAAUGAUAUCCCCGCAGAGACACGUGCCUUCCCCAAGUACAAGUUCUUGAUCAUGGGUGCUUUGGACGCCGUGUCGGGUUACUUUGUCAUCAUCGGAGGUAUCAGCACGUCGGGACCACUGCAGCAGCUGCUCAACCAGGCGAUCAUCCCCAUCACUAUGAUUGGCUCGUUCUUCUUCCUGAAGACUCGCUACUCUUGGGUGCAGCUGCUCGGCGCCACCGUCAUCAUUGGCGGUGUGUUUGUUGCGUUGGUGCCCUCGCUGUUUGGUAAGGGAGAGAACUCUGGCAACAAGCCAUUCUGGAACCUAUUCUAUCUGAUCUCCAUGAUUCCGAUGGCUGCCUCCAACGUCUACAAGGACAUUGGUUUCCAGGCCGUCGACGACAUGGAUGUGUGGUACCUCCAGUUCUGGGACAACACGUUCCAGGGCAUCACAGGCACAUUCCUGUUCCCAAUCAACGACAUUUUGCCACCACCCGCCACAGUCAAGUUCUCCCAGGUUAUCCCAUCGCUUAGAGACGGUGCCUACUGUCUAAGUGGAAUCAACUCCAUCACCAACAUCACCAACCCAGGUUGUGCAUUCGACCCUCCAGCUCACAGCAUCCCAUGUGACAACUGCCACAACGCCUACAUCAUUAUCAUGUGUUACAUGGCCAUCAACAUCAUCUACAACGUCUUUAUUCUUUUGGUCAUUAAGCACGCAGGAGCAACAGUUUACUCUAUUGCCAACACAUUGAGACUCCCAAUUGCCAACAUUGUGUUCUCGCUCAGAUUCAUUGUGCCAGAGUCGAUCUACCAGGCAUUCUCAAUGUACACACUAGGAGGACUGAUUGUAAUUCUAACGGGUCUGAUCAUGUAUCGUGUCGGCUCCGUACUGAAGAGCAAGGAGGCUGGCGGCGAGGAGAAGGAGACUAGGGUCAUCCCAGGCAUGGAGCCAUUCACCAUUGAGGUCAUCAAGCGGCCUGCCAUCCUUCCCAAGACCACAGAGUACCAUAGGAACCAAUUCUUUGGCAAGCUAGGCAUCAACGUACCAGGCGACAAGUACAUCCGUUUGGAUCAACAGAAUAAUAUUUAA